AUGGAUUCUCACUCUAUGUCGGUCACUAGUGCCGCUCGCAAAAAGACGUCUAGAAUCUACCAAGACCUCAAGACCUCCCGAUUUUACGGCGCCUCGUCACGAAAACUGAGCAUCAUGGAUAGUGCCCUUCAGUUUGAGACGCUGGACCCGAACAGGAGGCCACAUGUCGGCAUUAUCGGCGCCGGCUUCUCCGGGUUGAGAUGCGCCGACGUGAUGCUCCGCAGCGGCUUCCGAGUCACCAUAUUGGAGGCCAGGAAUCGUCUCGGGGGUAGGAUAUACCAAGAGAGACUACAAAACGGUCAUCUCGUAGACAUUGGUGCAAACUGGAUCCACGGUACAACCGACAACCCCAUCAUGGACCUAGUCAAAGAAACCAAGACCGCAGUCCGCCUCUGGGAUAGCCACUCAUACGUUUUUGACGAGGAGGGGAAACUGCUUCCCGAAGAAGAGGGCGAGAAGUACUCAACGAUUUUAUGGGGCAUUAUCGAGGAGGCGUUUGAGUACUCCAACAAGCACGGGGCGAGUAUCGACCCCCAAAAGUCGCUGUUGGACUUUUUCCAAGAGCAUAUCGCGGAGAAGAUACCAGACACGGAGGAAGACUAUGAGAAGAAGAGGAAUCUCGUUCUUCGGAUGGCCGAGCUUUGGGGGAGUUUUGUGGGGAGUCCGCUUAGCACACAGAGCUUAAAGUUCUUUUGGCUCGAGGAGUGCAUUGAGGGUGAAAACCUAUUUUGCGCCGGGACCUAUAACAAAGUCCUGGAGAAGGUUGCUCAGCCGGCUCUCGACAGUGCAGACAUUCAUUACCGAACACAAGUAUCAGAAAUCCAUGGCAAAUCUACCGGGCCGAACGGCAAGACCAGAGUCAAGACCGCGAAGGGCCAGACCUUUGAGUUUGACGAAUUGGUGGUCACCUGCCCCCUUGGUUGGCUUAAGCAGAAUCUCCAAGCCUUUUCUCCUCCGCUCCCGGACCGGGUUUACAUCUCGUUCCCAACUGCCUUCUGGCUCACCCCUUCUACAAACCCCACAGACGGCGGCCGCACAGUUCAAGGGUUUUGCCAGUGGCUCUCACCACAAUAUGCGCGCGACAGCAACCCCCACGGCUGGAUCAACGAAGUGGUCGAGCUAGGCUCUCUGGGCGAGUCUGCUCACCCUACCCUCCUGUUCUACACCUUCGGCGACCAGUCCAAACACCUCACCUCCACCACCCGCUCAUUACCCUCUCAGAAGCAAAAAGAAGCGUUCCUUUACGACUACUUCCGGCCGUACUACUCCCGUCUCCCAUCCUACGAUCCCGUCAGUCCGGACUGCCAGCCUAUGGCUUGCUUUGCAACAGACUGGUCGGGCGAUGAACUUUCGGGAAAUGGCAGCUAUGCAAACUUCCAGACGGGUUUGGUAGAGGGUGACCAGGAUAUCAUGGCCAUGCGAAACGGCGUGCCGGGGGAGGGCAUUUGGUUAGCUGGUGAGCACACAGCGCCUUUUGUUGCACUGGGUACCGUCACGGGAGCGUAUUGGAGUGGCGAGCAUGUUGCGAGGCGUAUUACGCAGAAGUAUUGGAAGGGGAGGGAGGAGAAGCAGAAGAAAAAAGGACAGACGGAAGUCGGGGAGAAGAAGGGUGUUGAGGUUUAA